AUGCAGCCGGUGAGAUCGAGAAUCUUCGGUUCGUCGAAGGAAUUGAGCCGAAGGCGAUUUCUAAGCACGCAGGAGUUGAUCGACCGCGACGACAAGUACGGCGGCAGACAUUUCAAGCCACUUCCGGUUGUUCUCGCGAAAGGCGACGGUGCUCAUUUGUGGGAUGUCGAGGGGAAACGUUACCUGGAUUUCUUAGCAGGUUUUUCCACUGUUAAUCAGGGUCACUGUCACCCGCGCUUGGUAAAAGUGAUGAGAGAACAAGCGGGAAAGCUCGCUCACACUUCCAGAGCAUUUUAUUCGGAGCCUCAUGGUGAAUUGGGAGAAUAUUUGACCAAACUAUUAGGAUGGGACAGAUUCCUGCCUAUGAACACAGGCGUUGAAGCUGGCGACACCGCUAUUAAAGUAGCUAGACGUUGGGGAUAUAGGAUCAAGAGGAUACCCACUAACCAAGCGACCGUAAUCUUCGCGGAACGUAAUUUCUGUGGACGUUCUAUAGCGGCCCUGUCGGCCUCGACGGAUCCAAAUUGUUACACCGAUUUCGGACCUUACGUGCCCCGAUUCGACAAGAUACCUUUCAACGAUCUCAACGCAUUGGAACGAAAGUUUAAGGAAGACCCGACGAUCUGCGCGUUCAUGGUAGAACCGAUUCAAGGCGAAGCAGGUGUCGUGGUGCCCAAUGACGGUUACCUUAAAGGCGUACGCGAUCUUUGCACCAAGUACAACGUUUUGUGGAUCGCCGACGAGGUUCAAACUGGUCUGUGCCGAACGGGAAAACGUUUGGCCGUCGACCACGAAAAUCAAAGACCGGAUAUUCUCAUUCUAGGCAAAGCACUGUCCGGAGGGGUUUAUCCUGUUUCUGGAAUAUUGGCGGACGAACAGAUAAUGUUAUGCCUGGAAACUGGAUCGCACGGUAGCACUUUUGGCGGCAGUCCCCUCGGAAAUAAAGUCGCUCUGGAGGCGGUGAAGAUCUUGGAAGAAGAAAAUCUAGCGGAGAACGCGAGAAAGUUAGGAGAUAUUGUCCGACAGGAACUAGAAAAAUUACCGAAAGAUAUCGCGACGGAAUUCCGGGGACGUGGUUUAUUGACUGGUCUGGUAAUCAACAAAGAUCUCGCAGAGGGCUGGGAUAUUUGUUUAAAGCUAAAAGAGGCAGGUUUGCUGACUAGACCCGCUCACGGACAAAUAUUAAGGAUAUCCCCACCGCUUGUCAUCACGGAAGAACAACUGCGUGAAGGAUUAAAUAUACUGACCACUGUACUCAGAAGUUACAAGUGAAGAACACUUGUUUGUCCACCGUGUUCUGACGCUAGGAACAGCGAACUUUCAUGCUUGCGUAACAAUAGUUUAUUGGUAAUCUGUAAAGCUAACGAUAAACAACACGGACGAUUAUGUAUGUACGAUGUAGCUUUU